GGAAAAGAAAAUAGAGCAGCAGCUUGGGUAGGAGAAGAGGACCGGAGUUGCACUUGAGGAGCAGGUGGGGAUAAUUUGUGUCAUGCCUGACAGAAAGAAUGAAGGUGUUCGAAUUUCCCAGGAGCUCUCAGAAGGUGAAAAACGUGGCACUACCCACAGAAAGACCACAGUGAAGAAAUGCUUGAACAACUUUGGCAUCUCCUGCAAUGAAGACGAGGUGCCCCAUAUUGCAAUCCUGGGAGCAGGUGGUGGUUUGCGUGCAAUGAUAGCCCUGCAGGGAACCUUGGGGGAGCUGCAAAACCAUGGCCUGUUGGAUUCUGUCAUGUACCUGUGUGGAGUGUCUGGGUCCACCUGGUGCAUGUCUUCUUUGUACAAACACUGGGAUUGGUCAGAUAAAUUGUUGAGCUUGGAGGAAAGAAUGUAUGAAAUGCUCCUCUCCACCUGGAGCCUUCCAAAGGCAAUGAAGAUGUUGGAGGAGGCAGCCAAGGAUGAAAACUAUUCCCUCACUGAUUUCUGGGCCUACACAGUAGUGUAUGGGAUGUUGCAUGAGCUGGAUAAAGGGAGUUUGUCUGACCAGAGGGCUGCUUCUGAAAAUGGGAAAAACCCCUACCCCAUAUAUGCAGCUGUGGAUGAGAAAUCUUUUAACAAAUUAUCUGAAAACUCUGCAGACACCUGGUUUGAAUUCACACCCCAUGAAGCCAGUUUUCUUGGCCACAGAGCCUCUGUAGACAUCAAAUACUUUGGAAGCGAGUUCGAGGGUGGGGAGGUAAAGAGAAAGAAAGAAGAAAUGAACAUGAGUUACCUCCAAGGUUUAUGGGGAAGUUGCAUUGGAAGCAAAGAGGAAAACAUAGAAUUUAUAAAAGACAUGCUGAGUUUUUACAUCAUAGAACGAUUUGGGUCAAAUUCUGCAGGUUUUUCAGGAAAUGUAGAGCGGUUUUCAACACCUAGCACUGGAGAUGAAGAAAGAUCGAUAAUAGAUAUCACCAGGAUUGUACACAAAACCAAUAAAUGCCUCUUGAGCUGGAAGUGGGGAAGCAUUAAUAACUUUCUAUAUAAAAUCUCUGGUAUUAACUCUGCCGAACUGAUGGAAGAUAAAAUCAUCUCUUUGAUUGAUGCUGGAGUAGCCAUAAAUUGUGCUUACCCUCUCAUUCUUUGUCCAGAGAGGAAAGUGAAGUUAAUCCUCUCCUUUGACUAUGGCCCUGGAGAUCCUUUUAAGACACUCAAGCAAGCUGUGGAAUACUGCAGACAAAACAGCAUCCCAUUUCCUGAGGUAGAUGAGAAUCUGCUCCGGGAAGAGAAUAACCCCUCUGAUGUCUACAUCUUUAGAGGGGAGAAUGCCCCCACUGUCAUGCACUUCCCCCUCUUCAACAAAGUGAACGUUCCAGGCCAUGUCACAGACUCAAGAUUUAAAUUCAGUCCUGUUCGCUUUGUGUACAAUAAGGAAGACUUCAGUAAAUUGCUCCAGGCUGCCAAAUUAAAUGUGUCAAACAAUAAAGACAAGAUCUUACAGGAGAUAAGACAUGUCAUGGCUUCCUCUAACAGGAGUAAUUUAUAUUCUCUGUAAUUCUCUACAGGAAAUCUUUGUACAACUGCAAAUUUCACUUGUGCUACUAGAUAUUAUAUGUGACAUCUGGAUUUAAAUACUAGGUUAUGUGGUUCCACUGGACUACAAAAUAUUAAAGGAGAUUAUACUGCAGCCAAAUAUGUCAUCAGGAAAAUAAGUAGAAAGAAGAUGUAUGUGUGCACAGUCAUUUAUCUCACAAGCAAGCAUUCACAAUCAAUAACCUAGAAGAUGUGGUUGCACGUAGAUAUUCAAAGAGGUUCUGCUCAUUAGCACUAUAGAUACUCUUGAAAAUUUAGCGAUAUAUUAAUUAUGCUAGUGAUAAACCAGAGAUUACUCCCUCAAAAGUAACGCCUUUCUUUUCUAAAUGUAUCUGAGACCAUGUUCUAGACUGCUGCUCAUAACAACCUUCGUUUUUAUGAAUGUUCUUGUUCGUUCGUACCUCAGUGUUCUUUGACUGUCUCUGACAACAUACUGCAAAUAUUUUUGCCUCCUGCUGCACAUUUAAUCCAUUAAGCCCAUGCCAUUGUUUCCAUUGUACACUGUGGGUGCAUCUACAGGAGGUGCUAUGUCACCGUAGGAACAAGCUACAGCAACAUAGCUUGUCACUACAGUAGUAUAGUGUUGGCAUGCAUAAACUCUGAUGCCAAUACUACAUCACUGUAGCUCAUUGCUAUGGCAACAUAGUGUCUAAAACUACCAGUGUGCCACUGGGACUGCAUAGUAGCGGUGGGUACUGUGCCAUGAUUUACAGUACUGCAGUCAGGAGCAUGUGUCGAUGCACCCUGUAUUACUGAGUCACAGAAUAACCUGCCAUAGUACAAGUACCUAAUGUAACAAGCAAGGUAAUCUCCCCCAGUUCCUAAAACAGUACAGGGACUAUGACAAAUGGAGGUUAGAGAAUUAAGAAAAAAAUAGUUUGUUCAGGAUAAUCAGGAGAGUAGGAUUAUUAUAUAGAAUGACUUUGAUAAACAGGAUAAGUCGUCUGAAAUGAAUCAAAUGAAAUUCAUUAGGUUCAAGUGCAAAGUCCUGGAAAACUUGCAUGCACAAAUACAAUAAUUUGCCAGGUUGUAUUUGAUGCAUUACAGAAAGGGAGCUGGGUAUUGUAGCAGACCAUAUUUAUAAAGGCUUAUGAAUAAAGGCUAAAAGAGCUCAAAUGAUUUAGUCUGCAGAAGAGAAGACCGAAGGGUGAUUUGACCGGUCAAAGUCCUGCCCCUGCAAAGACAAGAAAUAAUUUGUUAAAAUGCACUCAAACUAUCCAUGGAAGUGGAUCCCUUACCCCACUACAGAGGAAGGCAAAACCCCCGAUAGACCAUCUGAAUUAGACCAUGGGAUAAAAUUACCUCCUUAUCUUUUAUGUGGCAGAGGAGCAAGACCUUGAGGCAGGAACUGCUGAGUUUUCUAAGUUCCAACAGGAGCAUCAGCACACCACAGUGAAAAUCCCCAAAAUUGCCUCUAUAAAUCUGUGUGUUAAGUUUGAAUCUUUUUAGCUUGCAUUAUAGUAGCUUUAGUAAUGUUUGCCUGCAUUAAUUUAAGUUAGGCCAAGUUAGCAUAAAUGAGCCUAAAGGAAGUCGUAUAAAAGGAAGGGAGUUAUAGGUGACAGGACAUUCUAGGAAAGGCUAGCUUCAUUACAUCUUGAUUUGUGAAGGUCAACAUAAUAUGCAACAAAAACAUCACUUUUUUGAACAUGUGUCUCAUUCUGAACAAGUAAUGUUGAAGGGCUCUAUUAGAAAAUGGGGAUGAGAGGUAGCUCAGGAUUCUGAGAUGUGUUCCUCUGGCAUCCUUUGCUGAGAUUCCCAUUCACAGACCUAAUGAAGAUACAAUGCCUUUUAGAGUUUAGUCUGUGAAUUCAGGCCAGAUCUCUCUAACAAGCCAACUACCAUUUAGAAAUUCUUAGCAUGUUAAGAUGCAGUGAUUCUAAGUUGAAAGGCUGAUUAUUUCCACUUGAAUAGUACAAAUAUAUAGAUAUAUAUUGUGUUAAUCAUUAUUAGAUCUCAAUGUUCCUAAUUUUAGAAGUUCAAUAAAAUCUGCUUUUUCAUUUGCUCAA